CCAAUCUGCUUCCCUCUUCCAACUUCGUCAAUUAUUAUUACUAUAAGUACACUCUGAACUCCCUCCCUCUCUCUCUCUCUCUCUCAAAAUCAAGAAAAUCCUCAUUCAUUCGAUUUUCUCUCUUCUUGAUUACCGACAGAUCUGAAUCCCUUCACUAUCAAACACGGGACGAUGAAGAACUCGGUAUCCGAUAGGAGUCUCUACAUCGAGAGCGAAGAAGAAGAAGAAGAAGAAGACGAAGUCAAUGAAGAAGAAGGGCGCGCCAAGGAAGGAGCAGACGACGACGAGGAUUCCGACGGCUCGGACUCCUCCUCCGCCGGUACCCCGCGGCGCAGCAGACCGGGCUCCUACAACACGGCCUGGCCUCAGAGUUACAGGCAGUCGAUCGACAUAUACAGCAGCGUGACGCCGCCGACGAUCGGAUUCCUGCAGGGGACGCCGUCGACGCUGAGCAGGCUCGGCAGCUCGUUCCUGACUUCUUCGUUCCAAGGCCGACACACGCCGGAGGUCAUCUCCUCACUCAUCAAGCCACUCCUUCCGACCACCAUCUCAGAGCAGGAGCAACAACAACAAAGGAAGAGCUCUCACUCCUUGCUCCCACCCCCAAUUCCCACAAAGAGGACUUCCUUCAGAAAAACUAAAGAAGAGCAGAAGCCUGCAGCCAAGUCUUUUGUGUCACAUGAGCUUCCUACUGGACCUCGGCAGUGCACUUUUGGCCAGGCUGUGCUUAAUGGAAUUAAUGUUCUGUGUGGAGUUGGAAUUCUCUCAACACCCAAUGCAGUGAAGCAAGGGGGCUGGUUGGGACUAUUAAUCUUGUUACUAUUUGCUGUGCUCGCUUUCUACACUGGAAUUCUCCUUCGACGAUGCCUUGACAGUGACUCAGGCCUCCAAACUUAUCCAGACAUUGGCCAGGCUGCCUUUGGCAACGCUGGUCGCUUUGCUAUAUCGAUAGUUCUAUAUCUGGAGUUGUAUGCUUGCUGUGUCGAGUACAUCAUACUAGAGAGCGAUAUUGGUGGAUUGCAUAUCAAUUCUCAUAUACUCUUUGCUGUGAUGACCACUCUGAUUGUUCUUCCUACAACUUGGGUUCGGGAUCUAAGCAUUCUCAGUUAUCUCUCAGCUGGAGGAGUUGUUGCAUCUAUAUUGGUAGCAUUAAGCUUGUUCUGGGUUGGAUUGGUUGAUCAAGUUGGCUUCAAAUAUGAAGGAACAGCACUAAAUCUUCCAGGAAUCCCACUUGCCAUUGGUCUAUAUGGAUACUGCUACUCAGGGCAUGCAGUUUUCCCUAAUAUAUACUCCUCUCUGAAACAGCGCAACCAGUACUCAUCCGUUCUCUUUGCAAGUUUCUUGAUCUGUACUGUACUGUUUGGUGCGGUUGCGGUAGUGGGAUUCGCGAUGUUUGGACAAUCCACACUUUCUCAAUUUACACUUAACAUGCCACAAAAGUUUGUGGCUUCAAAAGUUGCUGUUUGGACUACGGUGGUGAACCCCAUUACCAAAUAUGCAUUGACUUUGAUGCCCAUGGCAUUGAGUUUGGAGGAGCUAAUACCAGAAAACCAUCAAAAGUCUCACUUCUACUCAAUUGCCAUAAGGACGAGCUUGGUAAUUUCAAUAUUGGUAGUGGCUCUUUCAGUUCCAUUCUUUGGUCUGGUGAUGGCACUAAUUGGGUCUUUUCUCACCAUGCUAGUGACUUUGAUUUUCCCAUGCAUUUGCUUUCUAAGCAUCCUCAGAGGCAAGGUAACAUGGAUUCAGGUCUCUUUGUGCGUCUUAAUUAUCGGAGUAGGAGUUACUUCUGCUGCUUUGGGCUCCUUCUCAGCGAUCUCGAAGAUAAUACAAAGUUUAAUUAAUUGAUGUCGCCAUCUUUAUUUUAUAAAUUAAGUUUAUUGUUUUCUAUUUCGUUGAUUCGUUUUCCCCCAUAUUUUUCAUCCUUUGUUAAAUUAGAUGGGGAUAUAGUAAAAGAUCGAACCGUCAGACUGAACUGUUUAAGUGUUUGCUUGAGAUUGUGUUGGUGUAUACCUUGAUCAAAUCGCAUAUUUUUUUUAUGUCAGUUUGAUCUCUCUUUGCAGUGUAA